UUGAUUGUUGGUUAGAAGCUACUCAAAGAUCCCAAAUCAUUUAACUUUUUUCAUUCACAUAUUCAAUCAAAGUCCUAAAUCCAAUUGAGUUUUUAAUUAGAAGCGAACUAGAAUAUAGAGGGAAACUAAAUGAAUUGGGUAUUUUAGGUUUUUUAUAUUGAAGGAGGGUGCAAGGUUUUUUUUUUAAAAAAAAGAAAUGAAGGGAAAACAAAUAUUAUUUUUUUGGGGGGAGCAAAACUAUAAAAAAUAAUUAAAAUGGACACAUAUAUUAUUUUGGGGGAGCAAAACUAAGAGAAAAAAUUAAAAGGAGAUACAAAUAUUAUUUUGGGGGGACAAAAUAUCAUUUUGGAGGGACAAAUUUAUAAAAUGGGAAGAUUUUUAAGGCAAUUAAGAAAAUUUUGAAAGAUUUUGGGGGGACAUUCGUCCCCCCAACACUAGCUGUAGGUCCGCCCCUGCUCACGAGGGCGAGGUUGAUGCUAGGGUUUCGGAGAGUGGGAGAUCUGAGGAGGUCGGAGUUAGAGCCUUCGAGGAGGCUAGGGUUAGGGUUUGUGAGGAGAUUGAUGGUGGUGGUGGAAGAGUAGGUAAGGAAAUGGAUUCUAGGGUUUUUGAUUUUGAGGAUGAAAGCGACGGGAGCGCGGAUCGGUUCCAUCAAAAUGACGGAAAUGAGGAUCACACCGGUCGAUUUGAUGCUCAAGAUGAUAGAUUUUAUGCUCAGGAUGAAAAAGAAGAGCACGUGGAGAAGGGUAAGGUUUUGGAGUACAAUAAUCUGUUAUCGGAGUUUGAUGAUUUUGUGGCAAGUGAGAAAAAUGUUGGUCUAGGAAUGUCGAGGGCAUUGAGUUUUGGGUUUGAAGUGGGUGACAUGGUGUGGGGGAAGGUGAAGUCUCACCCUUGGUGGCCGGGGCAUAUAUUUAACGAGGCUUUUGCUUCUCCCUCUGUGCGGCGAACUAGGAGGGAGGGCUAUGUGUUGGUGGCCUUCUUUGGUGAUAGUAGUUAUGGGUGGUUCGACCCGGCUGAGCUUAUAGCAUUUGAUCUCAAUUACGCCGAGAAAUCGCGGCAAAUAACUUCGAGGAAUUUUGUGAAGGCUGUGGAAGAGGCGGUUGAUGAGAUGAGUCGGAGACGUGGUCUUGGUUUGGCUUGUAAAUGUAGGAAUCCGUAUAAUUUUCGGGUCACGAAUGUUCAAGGGUAUUUUGUGUUGGAUGUUCCGGAUUAUGAGCCUGGAGGGGUUUAUUCCGCAAAUCAGAUUAAAAAAGCGAGAGAUAGUUUUAAGCCACGGGAAUUUCUUGCUUUUGUGAAGCAAUUAGCAGUGGCGCCGAGAGGAGGUGACGACAAAGGCAUUAAUUUUCUCAAGAAUAAGGCUACAGUGUUUUCUUAUCGGAAGGCAGUUUUUGAGGAGUUUGACGAGACCUAUGCUCAGGCGUUUGGGGUGCAGCCAGGGCGCCCAUCUCGUGAACCAGUUGAUUUAGACCAACCAUAUAAAGUGCCUCGAGCUCCUUUAAGUGGUCCACUGGUGAUCGCGGAAGCUCUUGGUGGUGAGAAGAGUGCUGCAAAACCUAUGAAAAUCAAGGACCAUUCAAAGAAAGACAGAUACCUUUUCAAGAGAAGAGAAGAACCCAUUAACUCAAAGAUUCAUCAAAUAAGUUCAGGGCAGGCAAGUUCCUCUGCCCCAUCAGUUUACAUGGAUGGAUCUGUAACAACAGCGGCUGGGGAUUAUGUCAUGCAAAAGAGGGUUGCAGCUGGCCCUGUAAAGCAGAUUCUGACAAAAUACGAAGAGGUUGCAUAUACCAGCAAGGAUGGUGCAACCUCGGGUCUGGAUGGAUCUGGGAAAAGAGCUGUAUCCAUAGAUCAGGCUGCAGCAUACAACAGUACCCAUGGCCACCAAGAUACUUCUGUAGAUACAAACCCCCCUCCAGAGAGGUCAGGGCAAGGUGAUUAUGCGAGUCCCACAAGCACAGGUUUGUCUAGUUUGUUGGGGCAGGGGGCAUUCCCACGCAUAAUAGAUGCUACAUCACAAUCCGUGCAGCAGGAAGGUGAGGCAAAAACUUGGAGAUCAUACGAAGAUUUCCAACAACCUGAGCAGAGUUUUCCAAUUAGAGUGGAAGGUGGCCAUGGAUCAGAUCUAGUUAAGGACGGUCAUGGUUCGGCAGAUCCUUCACCAAUUGAUGCAAUGCGCUCAAGUGGCUUGAGCUCUGAUGGUGGAUUUAAGAAGGCAAAAGUUCUGAAAAGAACUAUUGGGGACUUGAGCUCGGAGAACUCUGUUAUGGGGGAGAAAAAGAAGAAGAAAAAGAGGAAAGAGUUUGGUACGGAAAUGAGCUCUGGUCCUCCCAAGAAACGUUUGGCUACUGGUAAAGUAGGGACACCAGUGGGGAAAUUAGUGGGAAAAUCCACCCAGAUUGGUUUGGCUCCAAGAGAGGAUUUUCACGUAGAACAGCACCUGAAGAAAAAUGUUGGUGCGAGUAAUUCCUCAACCAGUUCUAUUGGGACACUUUCAACUGUUGGCACGGGAGAUAGUGGCAUUGAUCUCCCACAGCUAUUGAGUGAUUUGCAGGCCCUUGCUCUUGAUCCUUUUUAUGGUGCGGAAAGAAACAGGCCUGCAACUGUACGGCAGUUCUUUUUGCGAUUCCGGUCCCUUGUUUACCAGAAAAGCUUGGUUUUGUCUCCACCAACGGAGACUGAAUCUGUUGACGUUCGUCCCACAAAAUCUUCAUCCAGCAUUGGUGCUUAUGAAAAUGCUCAUGAUGGUCAUGUUAGAGAUCUUCCAUCAUCAAAGCCAGUAAAAUCCAUUGUCAGACCUGAUGAUCCAACAAAAGCCGGGCGGAAACGUGGCCCCUCUGAUCGUCAAGAAGAAAUUGCAGCAAAGAAGUUAAAGAAGAUUAGUGCUAUAAAAUCAUUGGCUGCUGAAAAGAAGACUGGUCAGAAAACUUCCGAAGGCCUCCGAGGAGAGGGAAGAGAAUCAGUGGUGCCGGCCCCACAGAAGUCUUCCAGACCAGAUCCUGUCAAGAAAGUGGAACCCUCAGCGAAGGCAGUCAACCCCACCAUGCUGGUGAUGAAGUUCCCUCCCUAUACAUCGCUUCCAUCCCUUGCGGAGUUGAAAGCAAGGUUUGCUCGUUUUGGGCCGAUAGAUCAGUCAGGACUCCGCGUCUUUUGGAAGUCCUCAACAUGCCGUGUUGUGUUCCUGCACAAGCACGAUGCAGAAGCAGCAUAUAAAUUUGCAGUUGGUAACAAUUCUUUAUUUGGAAACGGGAAUGUGAGGUGCUACAUACGGGAAAUGGGAGGUGCACCUGAAGGUUCUGAGCCGGGCAAGAACCGAGGUGAUGACAACGCUAACGAGGCCCCACAGGUUAAGGAUCCUGCGGCUCUGCAAAGACCAGCAUCAGGGCUUGGUCAUCAGCCUCUUCAGAAGCCAGCAGUCCAGCUGAAAUCCUGUUUGAAGAAGUCGUCAGGGGAAGAAGCAGGGCAGGUAACUGGCGUUGGUAGUAGUAAAGGAACCCCGCGUGUAAAAUUCAUGUUGGGUGGGGAAGAAAGUAGUAGGGGAGAGCAAUUGAUGGUUGGUAAUAGAAACAACUUCAACAACAUUGCAACUAUUGCUGGUGGUGGUGCACCUUCUUCUUCUUCUUCUGUUGCAAUGGAUUUUAAUAGUAAGAACUUUCAAAAGGUCAUUCCUCCAUCUCCAUCGCCUAUUCUUCCUCUGCCUCCUCAAUUUGCAAAAUCCCCACAUAAUAAUUUGCAUUAUCCCGAAACAGCACCUCCCAGAAAUACUCACAAUCUUGUUAACACUCCCAGUCCCACUUCGCCUAGUGCGACCACAGUUGUUGAUAUUUCACAGCAGUUUAUAAGCCUUUUGACAAGGUGCAAUGACGUUGUCACCAAUGUGACCGGCUUGUUAGGCUAUGUGCCGUACCAUCCUCUUUGAUCAGAAAAUGGCCACCACCCAUCCCAUCAUCAAAAAUUGGAUAAACAUGGUUACCAUGACACAUGCCCACAACUUCAUGUUGAAAUGUGCAUCAUUUGCUCCGUGCUCAAAGCCCACAUGGCUACCUACUCACGGGUGUACACCAAUUAUUGCUUCGAGUACACCACGGGGUCCACCUAUAUAUGGGAGGUUCAAGAGCCUUUUUUAAAAGCAAAUUGGAGCAUUAUUUGGGCUUCAAGACGAUGUAAUCUACAAAUUCGAUUGCUCCAAAUGUACUGGUAUUUUGAUAGUGGCAUCUUGUUUAUCUGUGCUUUGAUUUCUUUUUAUUA